AUGAGCAUAUCGGUUGAUCCCAAAAUAUUUGAAAGACAUCAGCGAGAAAUAGAUCAGUUUCGUAUCAUUAUUUCUAGAUCUCAGGAUUCUUCUCAAUUAAAGAGUAUUAAGAGCAAAACGGUUGAUGUAAGAACAUCAUCAUCAAAAAAAAGAAAAAAGCAAAAAGUUAGAUCAGAAAAAGUUGGACAAGCUGAAGAAAAUCAAACUUUACUAAAUAGUUAUUCUUUUGAUGAUAAACCAAAUCCAACAACUGAUCAGGAGCUGAUUGAUAAUGUUGAACACGAAUUAGCUCUAACUGAAAAAGAUAGUGAAGAAGAUAGUGAAGAAGAUUUUGAUGUAACGAUUGAUAAGGAUUCUACUGAAGAUGACGGUCAGAGCUUGAACGAAGAUGAGAUUUCAUUUAAAUGA